AUGGUUGAACAAGUGCAUGUGAGCGUGGUGGGCCCUGGAAAUCUCUCCAUUGGCUGGGCCAGUACAGAGAAGGCCCCUUUGGAGUUCCAAGAGCUUGACCAGCAGCAACAGCCAUUGGGGGAGAUCAAAAGCAUCAGUCCCGAAAGCGACCGCUAUGAGCUCCUGUGUGGCGAGCGCUUUGCCCUGGACUCACCUUGUGCGCUGAGGACGAGGUAUCGAAGCCCUUUGCUUCUGCAAGCUCGGGUAAGUCUUGAGCCAGGCAAAAGCUUUCGCUUUCGUCUCCACCCUGGUCCCACCGACUGGCGAGUGCAGCGGGUGCCCCCGGCGCCCGGGGCAGCGGUGCUGCGCGUGGCGAUGGUGGGAGAUUUGGGUCAAACCAACUUUAGUGCUGCGACCUGCCAAUCUAUUCGUGCACAUGCGAAUGAGCUGGAUAUGGGCGUGAUUCUAGGGGACCUCGCCUACGCAGACUCUAAUGCUAGCCGGUGGGACAGCUUUCAACGUCUUUUCGACCUCCAGGGUUGUGCAGAUAUCCCUUGGCUGGUGCUGCCUGGAAAUCAUGAGAUCGAACCCGAUGAUUUGAGCGGGGAAGCCUUUGUUCCCUACCGCAAGCGCUGGAGAACUCCAGAAGCCAAGCCAGAAGAGGUCACCAAUGACACGAAGGUGAUCAGCUGGCACCGCUACGACCUGCGCUGUCGCUACAACUUCGGCAGCUCGUGGUAUGCCUUCAGUGCAGGACCCGCGCACUUCGUGGCGCUGAACCCGUACACCGAGGCCUCUCCGGAUGCAGCACAGAUCCAAUGGCUCCGGGAGGAACUCAUGAAGGUCCGCCGGACCACGACGCCUUUCCUGGUGGUUCUGACACAUGCACCCUGGGUGCAUUCUUCCAGAGUUCAUCAGCCACAGACCGAGAUGGCAACGUUCCAUUUGCGUUCUUCCGCCGAGCCAUUGCUGUCCACGAUGGACCUGAUGUUCAGUGGCCACGUGCAUGCCUACGAGCGGUCAAAGCCUGUAGAUGGGGUUCAACACUUUGUGCUGGGCCAUGGUGGAAACAAUGAGAAACUCUACAACAGAUGGCAACAAAGUGCUGUCUCGGCGUUUCGCUCCGGAGACCACUACGGCUGGGGCCUGCUGACGCUCGAGGGCUCCGAGGGCCACUGGAGAGCUUUGCGCUCGGUGGAUGGUGCUGUGGUGGAUUCCAUAAGCCUGGCCGCGCGUCGGAUGCCUGACCUGGCCGCUGACCUGGCUGCUGGAGACUCGGCUGCCGCGGCAGCGGCGAGCGUGCUGGUUUGCCUGAAGAUCCUGCCGAGAAGACCUUCCACAGCUGUCUUCUCACCAGAGUCUGGGCGACUCAGCUCAUCCAGUCCAGAGACAGUUGUCAAGUCACUUGGAAGGACCUCAAAGUGUCGAUCGACCCAGCCCACCAGAGCCCACCAGAGGUGCGCUCCACUGAAGAAGGCUUCUCUUCGUCCACGUGGCUGCGUGCAGAGGUCUGAGACGGGAUCCUGA